GCCCUGUAUGAGAAGGCGCUACAGAACGGAUGGUCUGACCUGCCGCACGUGCAGUUCAUGCGCGCUCGGCUCCUGCAAGCUGCCGGCAAGGUGGAAUUGGCCAUGCCGAUCUACGAGGACCUGCAGCGGGAACCUUGUUGCCGAGAGCCAUCCACCUUCGAGGCGCAGAGGGAGUUUCACCGGCUCUCGGACGACCUUCCUCGGAAGUACAUGAAGGAG